GCGAGCGCGGGGCAGGUGCCGGCUAACUCGCGCCUCACAGCGCCACUGCCGAAGCCUGGCUAGGGCACUGCUGGAGGACCCGGGGCUGGGGUCGGACCUGGCCGGACUCGGGAGGGAGGGGGCCGAGCUCAGCCCCCAGGCCGUGGAGGCAGCUCCCGGCAUCACACUGAUCCCGCGCCAGUGCACGAGCCGGGAGCUGCUGGCUUGGCGGCCGAGGCCAGCUCGCCUAGCUGUGCGCGGUGGCCCGACUCCGCGUUCCCUGGCUUGCACGCCCCUCGCCGCUCCGUGCCUGGCUCACCCGCAGGGGCUGAGCACGGGAGGGCGGGCGGGGGAGGUGAGGGGUGCUGGUGUGAGUGCAUGUGCCUGGCUGGGUGCACACCCCGCACGGCGGCGGCGCCCGCACGCGGAGCGCUCCCCAGAGCCCGGCUGCCUCUCUCGGCUCUGGCGCCCGCGACCAUGUUCCAGCCCACAGCCAAGCGCGGCUUUACCAUCGAGUCCUUGGUGGCCAAGGACGGCGGCACCGGCGGGGGCAAUGGCGGUGGGGGCGCGGGCUCCCACCCCUUGGCCGCGGCCGCCUCGGAGGAGCCACUCCGGCCCACCGCACUCAAUUACCCUCACCCCGGCGCGGCCGAGGCGGCCUUCGUCAGCGGCUUCCCCGCCGCCGCCGCCGCGGGCGCCGGCCGCUCGCUUUACGGUGGGCCCGAGCUCGUGUUCCCUGAAGCCAUGAACCACCCGGCGCUGACCGUGCACCAGGCGCACCAGCUGGGCGCCUCCCCGCUGCAGCCCCCGCACUCUUUCUUCGGCGCCCAGCACCGGGACCCUCUGCACUUCUACCCCUGGGUUCUGCGGAACCGCUUCUUCGGCCACCGCUUCCAGGCGAGCGAUGUGCCCCAGGACGGGCUGCUUCUGCACGGCCCCUUCGCGCGCAAGCCCAAGAGGAUCCGCACGGCCUUCUCGCCCUCGCAGCUGCUGCGCCUGGAGCGCGCCUUCGAGAAGAACCACUACGUGGUGGGCGCCGAGCGGAAGCAGCUGGCCGGCAGCCUCAGCCUCUCGGAGACGCAGGUGAAGGUGUGGUUCCAGAACCGGAGGACAAAGUACAAGCGGCAAAAGCUGGAGGAGGAGGGACCCGAGUCGGAGCAGAAGAAGAAGGGCUCCCACCACAUCAACCGGUGGCGCAUCGCCACCAAGCAGGCCAACGGGGAGGACAUCGAUGUCACCUCCAAUGACUAGGGUGGGCAGCCAGCCACAAACCCAGGAGAGCAGAGUGCUGCCAGGGCCCUCGGCGACCCACCUGGACUCUGGCCACUCCCCGGCCCAGCUGCGGGGAAGCCUCAAGUCACAGCCCCAUAGGGCUCGGAGCCUGGGGCCACAUCGACGGAGGGACAAGAAAUGGGCUGGCUGAGGCCUGGGACUGCUCAACCCUCUCCUCGGAGAGCCUGCCUGCCUGCCUGCCUGGGCAGGCCCACAGCCACUGCUGCCUCCCAGCCGUUCUCCAUUUCUCUUUUCCUUUUGAUGCAUUUCUGUUUUAAUUUAUUUUCCAGGCACCCACUAUAGUUCUUAGUGAUUCCCCUGUGUUUCCCUUCCCUAUGGGAACAAUAAAAGUCUCUCUCUCAA